AUGGCCGAGGGCGGCGGGGGCGCGCGGAGGAGGGCGCCGGCGCUGCUCGAGGCGGCCCGCGCGCGCUACGAGAGCCUGCACAUCUCGGACGACGUGUUCGGCGAGUCGGGCCCGGACAGCAGCGGGAACCCCUUCUACAGCACGUCGGCCGCCUCGCGCUCCUCCUCGGCCGGAUCCUCGGACGACGAAGCCGAGCGCCCCGGCCCCGCGCGGGGCCCCGGCGCCCCCGCCGUCGCCGCGCAGGAGUCGGAGGAGGACGAGGCUGGCGCGGGCUGGAGCGCCACGCUGCGGGACCGCCCGGCCCCGCGCUUCGAGGGCACCGGCGGUCCCAUCCGGAAGAUGCCGCCCAGCGCCAGUGCCGUGGACUUCUUCCAGCUUUUCGUCCCUGACAACGUCCUCAAGAACAUGGUGGUGCAGACCAACCUGUACGCCAAGAAGUUCCAGGAGCGGUUCGGGAGCGACGGGGCCUGGGUGGACGUGACGCUGCCGGAGAUGAAGGCGUUCCUGGGCUACGUGAUCUCCACCAGCACCUCCCACUGCGAGUCCGUCCUCAGCAUCUGGAGCGGCGGCUUCUACAGCAACCGCAGCCUUGCCUUGGUCAUGAGCCAGGCCCGCUUCGAGAAGAUCCUCAAGUACUUCCACGUCGUGGCCUUCCGCUCCAGCCAGACCACACACGGCCUCUACAAGGUCCAGCCCUUCCUGGACUCCCUGCAGAAUGGCUUCGACGCCGCCUUCAGGCCUUCUCAAACCCAGGUGCUACACGAACCCCUGAUUGAUGAGGACCCUGUGUUCAUUGCCACGUGCACAGAGCGGGAGCUGCGGAAGAGGAAAAAGCGGAAAUUCAGCCUCUGGGUCCGGCAGUGCUCUUCCACUGGCUUCAUCAUCCAGAUUUACGUCCACCUGAAGGAAGGCGGGGGCCCUGAUGGGCUGGACGCGCUGAAGAACAAGCCACAGCUGCACAGCAUGGUGGCCAGGAGCCUGUGCCGGACCGCGGCCGGGAAGAACUACAUCAUCUUCACGGGGCCCAGCAUCACCAGCCUGACCCUGUUUGAGGAGUUUGAAAAGCAAGGGAUCUACUGCUGCGGGCUGCUCAGCCCCAGGAAGAGUGACUGCACCGGCCUGCCGCCCUCCAUGCUGAACAGCCCGGCCUUGCCGCCCGCCCGGGGCCAGCACAGCAUCCGAACGAAGGGGAGCAUGUCCCUGAUCUGCUGGUACAACAAGGGGCACUUCCGCUUCCUGACCAAUGCCUACUCGCCCGUGCAGCAAGGAGUGAUCAUCAAGAGGAGGAGUGGGGAGAUCCCCUGCCCCCUGGCCGUGGAGGCCUUCGCCGCCCACCUCAGCUACAUCUGCAAGUACGAUGACAAGUACAGCAAGUAUUUCAUUUCUCAUAAACCAAACAAGACCUGGCAACAGGUGUUCUGGUUUGCCAUAAGCAUUGCCAUCAAUAACGCCUACAUCCUGUACAAGAUGUCGGAGGCCUACCACGUGAAGAGGUACAGCCGGGCCCAGUUCGGGGAGAGACUCGUGCGAGAGCUGCUGGGCCUGGAGGACACUUCUCCAAGCCUCUGAUGCCAGGGGCGUGGCCCAGGUUAGAUGCAAACCUACUCUACUCAGGCUUUGGGACGUUCUUCCUUGUCACUCAGUUAAUUACAAGUGUUGCUGGCGGCAUGCUCCCAACUCAAUUUCUGUCCCCGGGGUCAUGACGGUCACCUCGCCUGUGGUUUUAAUCCGCCGCCACGGAUCGUAGGCCAAAUUUUAAAUCGCGUCUCAACACACCUUCGCCGUGUCCUUUAAUUGGAUUGGAAGCACUUUUACCACGUGGAGAAAUCUAUUUUUAAUUUGUGAUGCUUUUCU